CCGGGUUAUGUUUCUUGAACUUCCGGUGUACUUCCUGUAUUUUGAAUAUUGAGAAAUUCACCGUGUAUAGUUAAUAUAAACAACCAAAAUACCUAUCUAGCCAGGUUUGCCGUCUAUCAAGUCAUCAGUUUUUUUGGACACGCCGUACUGGACUAUCUUAGAGUAGUGUUCGAUGGAUUAUAUGCAGCCAGCCGAACUUCCCCCCCCAAAAUUAAGCCUUUAAAUCGGCAGCAUAAGACAAUGUCACGUCUUCUUCCAGCAUAAAUUAGGUUUGACUAUGACUAGUUUAAUGCGUCUGUUAUGCUUUUACUUGCUCUAAGUAACAUUAGCGCCAUGGACACCGAGCGAAUUGUAAUUCGAAUAAAGACACCCGACGGAGACAUGGACUCAACCGUUGACUGUCCAUCACUUCUGAGCUUCAGUGACUUAUUGAACGCGAUAAGGGACGUAAUGCCGGAAGCGACAAUCACGGCGUUUGAGUAUGAGGACGAAGUGGGGGACAGAAUCACGGUCAGGAGUGACGAGGAACUAAAGGCAAUGCUCUCCUACUACUGCAGCACCGUCAUGGAGCAGUGCAUGAAUGGCAUCCAGCCCGAACCACUCCACAUCUUCCCUAGAGCCGGGAAGACUCCAGGGAUCCGGAACAUACAUGGCCUGAAGGUGAACACGCGUCCCAGCUCUGCCAAUAGCUGUGGUCCCAGCACCGUGGAGAAGCUGCCCAACAAUAGCUUGAAGAAGUCAUCAGCAGAGCUCAAGAAGAUUCUGUCCAAUGGCCAGAUGAAUGAGCAGAACAUUCGAUACCAAGAGCUCCUUGGCCACGGGAACGGCGGGACCGUCUACAAAGCCUGUCAUCUCCAGGGCACGAGGGCCUUAGCCGUCAAGGUGAUUCCCCUGGACAUCACAGUGGAGCAGCAGAAGCAGAUCAUGUCCGAGCUGGAGAUCCUGUACAAGUGUGAUUCCCCCUACAUAAUCACCUUUUACAGUGCAUUCUUUGUUGAGAAUCGGAUCUCCAUUUGCACGGAGUUCAUGGAUGGAGGCUCGCUGGACGUGUACCGGAGAGUCCCAGAGCACGUGCUAGGCAGGAUCGCCGUGGCGGUGGUGAAAGGUCUGACAUACCUUUGGAGCUUGAAGAUUUUGCACCGAGAUGUGAAGCCCUCUAACAUGCUGGUGAACACGCGGGGGCAGGUGAAGCUGUGUGACUUCGGGGUCAGCACCCAGCUGGUGAACUCCAUCGCGAAAACCUACGUGGGGACCAACGCGUACAUGGCGCCUGAGAGGAUAUCGGGCGAGCAGUAUGGCAUCCACUCGGACGUGUGGAGCGUCGGCAUCUCGUUCAUGGAGCUCGCUCUGGGCACUUUCCCUUACCCACAGAUUCAGAAAAACCAGGGAUCUUUAAUGCCUCUACAGUUAUUGCAGUGCAUUGUUGAUGAGGUGAGUCGACUUCUUAUGUGCUUUCGCUCCUAAAGUCAUUGUUAAUGGAGUGGAAAGCUUAUAUUUUGUUUCCUAAUGAAGCACGGCGCUCGCAGGCAGCUCUCCUCAGGCUCACAAUCCGCCUCAUGCCACAACUGCCCUGGGCCAUGCACUCACCGAGCGAGGAGAGAGUGUGUGUGUGUGUGUGUGUGUGUGUCUGCCUGUCUCCGUGCAUGUGUCUGUGUGUGUGUCUGUCUGUCUGUCUGUGUGUCUGUCUCCGUGCGUAUGUGUGUGUGUGUGUGUCUGCCUGUCUGUGUGUCUGUCUGUGUGUCUGUCUCCGUGCGUAUGUGUGUGUCUGCCUGUCUCCGUGCAUGUGUCUGUGUCUGUGUGUGUCUCUGUGCAUGUGUGUCUGUCUCCGUGUGUGUGUGUGUGUCUUUGUGCAUGUGUGUCUGUCUCCGUGUGUGUCUGUGUGUGUCUCCGUACACAUGUGCGUAUGUGUGUGUGUCCGUGUGCUGAUGCACGUUCAUGUGCAUGUAAGAGAAGGUAUCGGUGGGUGGGGUUGUUG